UGACAGACACGACAGACAUGGCUGCCGCCCGCUGCCCCCCCAUUGGAUCAGUGACUGGGAUUUCUAUCCCUUUUCCUUCUUUGACAGUGUCUGGAAAACAAUAACACAAACCAUCAUGGAUCGUUUUUGAUUGUUUGAAGUUUGUGACGAAGAUUACCAUGUUUCUAGUGCUUGACAAACAAUAAGCAGUGAAGCCAAGGAAAGUUGUUCUGACAUCACCGCGUUCACCCUAGGCCUAAAUGUUUAAUUUUUCCAUUGGGGGCCUUGGAACUUGUUGGAGGUUGGGGCAUAAGAUCUAUGAGCAGUUUUGUACAGCAACAACAGCAUCCUUAAACCUGGGUGUCACUGAAAAAUGUCUAGCGGAAUAAGUCAAGCCAGUCAAGCAGCUGAAACAUCAGUCAGUUUCACCAGAACCCAAGUUCCUGAAGACAGUGAAGAAGAUGAUAUCCAAAUCACUUUGGCACCGUACAUACAAUCUUACCUGGCUUACAGUGGAAGUCGUGUUGGUUGCUGUGGCCUGUGUUUGCCUGUUCCAUUUGAACGUGCAGCACAUCGCUCCUGGUGGGACCCUCGAUUUGAUUCUGACAUCCUCGAAGGACAGUACAAACGCAGCUCAUUUCCUCAAAUACGAUUAAGGUUCAGAUACGCACUCCUCUACAUUCUGCUGGUUUCACUGUCGUGGCUUUUGUAUUUCCUGGGCACCGGCAUCCAAGGAAUAACCUCAUCAGAAUGGCCUAUAAUCUGUGGGACCUUUGCAGCCUUAGCUGCUACUACCGCAACUGUUUUGGGCCUUACCUACACAGAGUAUUACAAAAAAAUUCACCUGCCUAUCUCAAUUAUUAUAUCUCUUAUCAUUUGCUCCUUCUCAUUAUUUUUUGUCUGGAGUACUACUGCUUUGGACAUGACCCCCGUUGGCCAGUUUUCUCUUUGUAUUGAAAUACUAUUAUUGAUUUACACUGUGAUUCCUCUGCCGCUGUAUGUGUGUGUGGCGAUUGGUGGAGCAUACUCAAUAGUUUUUGAGUGCCUAACGGCUCAUCUUGACUCAGGCCCCUGUUUGAAAUUUAAUGUGCCUGAUGCAGCUGCUGCAGAGUUAUCUCGCUACGAUAGGUUUGGCCUUCCCAUUCGCAUUGUUCUUCAGCUCUGUGUGCAUGCCAUUGGCCUCCACAUCCUUAUUAUGACUCAUGUUCGUAUGCGAGGCACCUUCAUGAAAGUUGGCCAGUCCCUCCUUGUGCGCAAACAGCUUGAAAUGGAAAAACAAUUGAAAGAAAAGAUGAUUCAGUCGGUGAUGCCUCCCAAAGUGGCUGCAUGGCUUUUGCAAGAAGGCUGUCUUGGAGAUGAUGAGGCAGCUAGUGCUGAUGGUCACAAGAGAGGUUCAAGCGGAGACAUAAGAUCUUUAUUCAGACCCUUUAAUAUGAAUGCUAUGCACAAUGUUUCAAUUCUGUUUGCGGACAUCGUUGGUUUUACAAGAAUGAGUUCCAAUAAAAGUGCUGAAGAAUUGGUACAAAUUCUUAACGACUUGUUUGAAAGAUUCGACGAACUAUGUGAAAUUCAUGGAUGCGAAAAAAUAUCGACCCUUGGGGAUUGUUAUUAUUGUGUAUCAGGUUGCCCAGAGCCUCGACCAGAUCAUGCCAAAUGUUGUGUUGAGAUGGGAUUAGGCAUGAUAGAAGCAAUACGGCAGUUUGAUGCAGAAACACAUGAAGGUGUCAACAUGAGAGUUGGGAUACACACUGGCACUGUACUCUGUGGAAUAGUUGGAACGAAGCGCUUCAAGUUUGAUGUCUGGUCCAAUGAUGUUUCUCUUGCUAAUAGAAUGGAAUCUACUGGAAAACCUGGAAGAGUGCAUAUUUCAGAGAAAACAAGAAAUUUCCUUGGUGACAUGUACAUCCUAGAGGAGGGAGAAAGCAUACACGACAUGAAAUCGUUCUUCAUUUUGGGGCGCAGAGGAGAUAAGAUCCUUCAAGUUGCGGAAGGAAAAACCAAGUCGCACACCACUUCCAAUUCCUCCACCCCCACCAAAGUUGUCUCAUUGCCUUCCCCUCGAGCUCCACAGUCAUUGCCGGUUACUCCUGUCCAGGCUGCGUCUUCCAAACAACCGUCCCCGCCACCUAUACCCACUGUUGAAUCUGUUCACAACUACUAUCAACGAAGAGAUCGAGUUUAUUCUUGCCAUGUCACAAGACCAUCAAGGCCCUCGACUUAUCUUGCCCUUGCUCCUUUGGAGGCCAAAGCUAGUUCUUUACCAAGUAUUCUUGAUUCUGAUGUAGACGGCGACGCUGAGAGUAUGGAAGCUGGAAAGGCCUCUGCCCGACUUCCCAAUCAUCGGACCAAGAAAUUUGUUAAGAAGUCUCCCAUUCGGACUCCUCCAAAAAUUAGUCUUGACCCACAACAUUCUCUGAAGACCCAAGACUCACUAAAAACUGGAGAGGCUUCUUCUCUUAUUGGUGGUGUUCAUCUGGAUGUGGCAAAUGAAGAUCAGCUAACAAGGUGUUACUCUGUUAAUUCACGGAAGGAUUCUGGAAUAAGAAGUAACAGUCGUCGCAGUAGCAUUCAACAACAAUUGUUUGUCAUGAAUGGUAUUACUCAAGGAGACCUUCUGACUCAUAGAGUAAGUGGGUACUACACGUCUAGUCAAUCAACUCUUGACAAUGAAUCCUUGAAUGGAGACCUUGACCACAUGCCAUCUGCAGAUCAUAUGGGGCACUGUUUCCAUCAACUUCGCAAACAGUCUGAUCUUCAACUCAUCCGAUGUGUACAAGAUAAUGUCAAGUCAAACCGCAGCUAUUUUGUAAAGCCUCCUCUUUCUAGUAUUACUCUUUUCUUCCGACAAAAUGAGAUGGAGCGUGAAUACAGAGAUACUGCUCAUCGCAUAUCAGACAGACAUGGUGACUCACCACCAACACUAGCUACCUCACGAUUUAACACCUACUUUGAUAUCUUCAUCUCAGCAUUGGUGUAUUCAGCAAUUGCUAUGUCAUUGUUCUUCCUUUAUGCUGCUUCUCCAAUGUGGAUUGCAGUGUUUGUCACAGCCACUGUCAUUCAAGUAUUUGCUGUAUGUUUGUGUGCCCUGUUGUUGUGGACACCUCUUGGCACUCUCUCUGAUGAGAGCCCCGCCAGUCAGUGCACUGAGGAAGCUUCCACUGGUUCCCACUUGCUGGUCAUAUGCAAGUCACUCGUGGAAAAAUUCUCUGGAUGGUACCCUUGGCAUGUUUGUGGAGCGAUACUGGUAAGCUUGCCAGCAACAUCAGUACUUGCUAAUUUUUCAUGUCCGUCAUUAGCUCUGGGAAAUGAAACACUAGGAAAUGCAGAAACAGCCCAAGCUUCUGCCAUUUUGGAACUUAGUCACGAUUAUUAUUUUAGUUAUGUCCUAUUUUUGAGUAUUGUUCAUUUUUGUAACUUUACUCAAUUGAAUUGCUGGAUGAAGAGCUUUUUGGCUACUCUGACGGGAGUCAUUUUCAUUUCUCUUGUUGCUAGUCAGGUCUGCAGCAGUGUACCUGUGAUUGAUCCCACAGUGCCUCAACAGCCACGUGCCAUUUCUUUUUCUGCCAGUCUGGACGCCAACCAACUAUCUGGGAGUGUUGCGAUACCAUUUAUCACAGCCAAAGCCAGGAUUUCGCUGAAUGAAAGGGCUGCUCGUAGUGUUCAUGGCCUUGAUGUUGAAAACAGUCUCAAGAGAGAGGCCAGAGCAAUUGUCAUUGAAUGUCCUCCAAACAAUCUGCCAAAAGCCAAUUUUCAUGAAGCUGAAAUUUACCUUGAUGUCAUUCUUUUACUUUUGCUUGUGUGGUUCCUCAAUCGUGAGUUUGAGAUUUCAUACAGACUUAGUUUCCAUGGCAAUGCAGUCGCUGUUAGAGACAAGGCCAAAGUUCAAAGCAUGAAAGAUCAAGCAGAUUGGCUGCUUCAUAACAUUAUUCCUCGACAUGUUGCUGACCAGUUGAAAAAUACUGCAAAAUAUUCUGAAAACCAUCACUUGGUGGGAAUUAUAUUUGCUUCCAUUGUUAAUUUUAAUGAAAUGUAUGACGAAACCUACUUAGGCGGAAAGGAAUAUUUGCGGGUCUUGAAUGAAUUGAUUGCUGAUUUUGAUGAGCUGCUUAGCAGACCUGAAUUCUGUAAUGUUACCAAAAUCAAGACUAUUGGAAGCACUUAUAUGGCUGCAUCUGGACUUAAUCCACAUUUUCGUAGCCAAAAUAAAUUCGAACAUCAACAUCUUUUCCAAUUGGUUGAUUUUGCUGUCGCUCUUCAAGGUGUAAUUGACUCCUUCAAUCGGGACCUACUUGAAUUCAAUCUCAUUCUCCGGGUGGGCUACAAUCAUGGUGAUAUAACUGCUGGCGUGAUUGGCACAAGAAAACUAUAUUAUGACAUUUGGGGAGACGCCGUUAAUAUUGCAAGCAGAAUGGACUCAACGGGUGUGCCUGGACGUAUUCAGGUGGGCGAAGACUGUUUGGAGAUUUUAAACAAGCAGUAUGAGUUUGAACAACGUGGUGUUGUCUAUGUCAAAGGCAAAGACAACAUGAAUGUUUAUCUGCUUAAAAGUGCCAGGGGCAAUGAUGUGGAGAUUUCUGAGAGUUGACAGCCCUUUGAUGAACAUAAACUUGCUGUUUUUUUUUGCCUACAAAACGAUAUUUUUAGAUACAUUUCAUGAGAAACACAAAGUUGCCAGCUGUGAUGUUAUGUGAUGUAUUCUACAACCUUGUGUUUCUUUCAAAAUGUUUUAAAAGCUUUAUUUGUUUGGUUCAUCUGGUCUGUAUGUACUACAGGCAUAAACCUAUCUAAAAAUGAAACAAAAAAAAACUAGAUAAAAAACUAACUGGAGAAAGCAACAAGGAAAAGAAAGACUCAAAUUUUCUGAAAGUAAUUAACUUUAUUUGACGGUGUUUGUAAUUAGCAGAGACAUUUAUUUGACCUUGUAUCAAAGUGUACUUCCCAAGGUUGGUGCUUUUUAUACUCAUAUUUUUGCCUAAAGAUACAAAUCUGUUUCGAUGUUUUUAAGCAUCAUGUAUUUUUACUAUUUUUACCAAUUCUAUUGUAACUAUAUCAAAAGAAAUAUUUUUACUAAGGUAUAUGAUGCUAUUCACCAUAUGACCAAUUUUAUUUGUGGAACUUGAAUGUUCUGCAAGCUGUUUGAAACAAUUUAUGUGCCUCUGCAGGUGUAUUUUGCUGAGGUAACUUCUAUAGUUUAUGAAAUAUGUAUCCCUACUGAAUGUUUUAGAGUAUUAAUGGUGCUGUGAGUGUGUGUGUAGAUUGGCCAUGUCUACAGCAAGGCGCCUGCUAUCCUUACUAGUUCUUCUGUUUAAUGAAUUUGAAGGAAGAUGCAUCUUGUAGCAUCACAGACAUUGGAGCUUCCAUAUAAAUUGUCAAUUUUUUUUUCCAAAGUAGUAGCAUUAUUUAAUAUUACGUAUGUUGUUCACUCAUGCUUGUUUCCGUGCAGCUUUGCGGCUUUCUGUUUUGUCAAUCGUUCCAGGCUUUUGCUUCAAUUUCAACUUUUAAAGUUACUAGUUUUCUUUUAGUUUGGAAAUAUCAUUAUUAUCAGCUCAUCGUGGAGCUAAUAAAUUGUUCCUAAUGUCAUUUACUUUUGGCUAUACGGUUACCUGUCUUUGUUUUAUGUUUAAGGCUCUGGUAUGGAUCCUUUGUAAACUUUUGUUUCUUUCAGUGCACUGUUAAAACGAUGGUGUCUUCCAUGAAAUUUCCUUCCUCCCUAUAUAGUUCAAAGUAGAAGGAAAUAUUAAGAAAAUGACUUUUGUACAGUGUACCUGUAGGCUCUUGAUUUGACCUCUAAUAAGCGAUUUAGGUUCUUGACUUCUGUUUCUGUUGUCAGUUGUCUUAAGUAAUAUCUAGCAAAUGAUUUCGUUGCACAUGAAUGUGGACAGAAAUCUUGUGUUCAUGAUAACUUAUUGAAUUUGCAGCAGUUAAUGUGUUUGUUACCAUGUUAUGGGUUGCGGCUGGCAAGGGCGAGGUAAUUCAUAGUCUAGAAUGGGUUUCGACUCUCAGGAGGGCAUAUAAUGCCAUAACUAUAUCAGAGCGAAGUCUUUACUUUAAGGAAAAGUAUUUAUAAAAAUCAGUCAUUUUAUUUUUCCUGUGGGCCAUUUGUUAUCAAACCCACCUUAGUUGUGGUUUUGUUUGUGUUUUGUUUGUUUGUUUUUAAACUUUUGUUGUUGUGCUGUGCUUUGGUCUAUUAAGGGUAGGGAUUUAAUUAUGAGCAGUGAACAAUGUGGAGUUAGUACAGAGAAUUUGUCUCUUCUGCCUAUUUUGUGUUUGUCCUUUUUGUUGUUUGGUGCUGUAUUAUUUCUUUUUUUUUCAAAUUUGUGUUUCUUUGAUGUUUUUUAGAAACAAAUUUGCUAAGCUUGUCUUCAUUGUUGCCCUGUCUUUUCUUUUUUUUCGUUUGAGUGAGAGUACGUAUGUUUGCAUGUGUGUGUGAGUGUGUGUGUGUCAGGCACCAAUUAGCCAUUUGUUAUUUUAUUUUGGAAAAGAAAACAACAAGAUCUCAAUUUUCUUUAAAUCCAUGAGCAGUUGCAACUCGAAACAAAAUGUUACUGCCCUUAAGUCCUAUUCUGUGAGAGAAAUUCUUGUCACAACUCAUGGGACUUUGUUUGACUGCAUCCUGUUGUAAAUCUUGGUAGUGUCUUGAAAUGUUGUCAUUUAAAUUUGCUUGUGCCUGCAAUGUAUGGCAGAACGAUUUUUUACCUGACAGCAGAAACAAAUCAACCAUUUGUACAUUUGAACAGAAUUAUCCAUUCCAGAAGAACAAUCACUUGUGUCAGAGCAUCUCAUUUACUCAUCCUUCUGUCUGAAUUUGAACAAAUUUACAGUAUAAGUAUUUAUUAGUGGAAGAAUGGAAGAAUCAGUAUUUUGGUUGUUAAGGUAUCUUGUAUAUCUUGGUACUCUUUCUUUUCAAUGUUGUUAUGCAUCAUGUUUUGUUUGAACACUUGCAUUUUUCCAUUUUAAAUGUUGUGACAAGCUGAAAUAAUGUAGUUAUUGGUUGGAACCUGAAUUGUUUGCAUACAUUUCAGAAUGGUGGAAAUGUUGUUCUGUACAUGCACUUUCUUUAAAUUUAUGUGGCUUAUUUGUUUUCCCAGUCACUUUUAUUUCCUUUCUACUGAAAACUUAGUGAUUUUAUGAACAUUCUUUUCUCCUUUUCAAGUCAUUUGUCAGUAAGUUACCUAAUUUUGUUGCAUUCAGUGCGGUGACGUUCCUUUCUAGUAAUGAGGCAUUCCGGUUACUGUAUUUAUUAAUAGUUAAAUAUUUCCUUGAUUGUGAUUGCAACAUCAGUUGCUACAACUUUUAUUUUAUUUUGUGUAACUCCCAUUACAAUAUGUAGGUGAAUCUUUUUGUAUCUAUUACUUUGUAUAGUUAUUGUGUUCCUAUAACGGAGAGCCAUCAGACUAUAUUCCCCGUUUUGUUUCUUUCUUUUUUUUUAUGUCUCAUUUGGAACAAGUGUUUCAGUAUAUUUCAACACAAGUUAUCCAUGCACUUUCCUGAUAUCGGCUUUAAUGCAGUUUUAAAUUAUAAUCUGUCAAUUGGAUUUUAUCGCUGAAUAUUUUACAUUCUUAAUUAUUGAAUUCUAUAUUUGAGUGCAUGAGCAGUAUAAUGCUUUUUAGUGUGUAGUUGUGUUUUUAUUACUAUUUUAGUUCUUUCCUUUCAAAAUCUGUAACUUUAUUCGUAUAUCUCAUGAUUCCUAUAUUGGAGUACUGAUAAUGCUAAUGUUGAUAUUUGAAAUCUGAUGAUUUGUAAUGUGACGGAUGAGUUACACUGAAAGAGGAUGGUAUAUUUAUGUUGAGGCCCCAAUAUAUUUUAUAUACCUUCAUUAUAUUAUUACAAUUUACAGUGCUGUGUCGAUUACUGUUAUGGAAAACAAAACAUAACGUUGGAAAUAGGUCCUAUAAAGGUUACUUGUACGUUAACUGCUUCCUGUUUAAAUGAUUAAAAUAACUAACUUGCUUGCUUGCAUGCUUGUGCAGAAAACAUAAGAAUUUUUUUUUCAAGGAUCGUUAACAAGAGUAGGUAUGUGGAUUUUUAUCUGUAUGAUUGAACUGUACAAAUUCAAUGAACUACUUUAAGCUAGAAAAAAGGUAUUUCUCAAACUGACUACCAGGUCUCAUCAGGAGUUAUUUAAGACAAAAUUUCACUCGCAUGUGAUGGAAACUUUUCAAUGAAUCUAAUAAACGUCGUACUGUGCUGCGUAACAAUU